AAUAAGUGCACAUAUCACUCUAAUUCAAACUCUGUUCUUCCCAAUCAGAGCCCUGUUCUUCCCAAUCAGAGCCCUGUUCUUCCCAAUCAGAGCCCUGUUCUUCCGAAUCAGAGCCCUGUUCUUCCGAAUCAGAGCCCUGUUCUUCCCAAUCAGAGCCCUGUUCUUCCGAAUCAGAGCCCUGUUCUUCCGAAUCAGAGCCCUGUUCUUCCUAAUCAGAGCCCUGUUCUUCCCAAUGAGAGCCCUGUUCUUCCUAAUCAGAGCCCUGUUCUUCCCAAUCAGAGCAUUGUUCUUCCCAAUCAGAGCCCUGUUUUUCCCAUUCAGAGCCCUGUUCUUCCCAAUCAGAGCCCUGUUCUUCCCAUUCAGAGCCCUGUUCUUUCCAAUCAGAGCCCUGUUCUUCCCAUUCAGAGCCUUGUUCUUCCGAAUCAGAGCCCUUUUCUUCCCAUUCAGAGCCCUGUUCUUCCGAAUCAGAGCCCUGUUCUUCCGAAUCAGAGCCCUGUUCUUCCUAAUCAGAGCCCUGUUCUUCCCAAUCAGAGCCCUGUUCUUCCGAAUCAGAGCCCUGUUCUUCCGAAUCAGAGCCCUGUUCUUCCUGAGCCAACUGGAACCAUGUCUAACAAAGGAAGACAGCACAAAAACAGUCAGCGAACAUUUCAGGGAACCUUCUUCUAUUUACUUCUCUGUGAUGUGUCAUUAUUUCUUGGCUCUCUUUUUCCGUGGCACCGACACCAAGAAAACGUUAGAGUUCAGUAA